GCUUCUUGCUCGGAUUUUCUCAGAGGAAGAGGUCGUCUUGCUUUGGGUUGGCCCAAACCCCCCUCCCAACCCCCAUCGACUCGAAAUGCUGUUUGCAGUGGUGCUGAGCUUCCUGUGCGGGGUUGCUGCAGUGCUCGUGGCUGAGCUCGCGCUGCUCCGACGCUGGUUUGUACUCAGUGGUGAGCAACUGACGACGAGCACUGCUGCUCCCCACGACGCGACCUCCAGUCUCAACCAUAGUCAGACCAACCGUAAUAGUAGUAGUAGUAGUCAUAGUGGUAGUGGUAGUCAUAACGCGGACGCGUACGCUGCCAGACUCGCGCAGGUCGCUGCGGCUCCAUUGCCCGUUCCCGCGCAAUCCACUCGCGCAAUCUCAAAGCCAGGCAGCAACAGCACUCAUCACUCAUCUCCACCACCACCCAAGAGCGUCAAGGCAGUCUACCCAGCUCCAAAGUCGACCGCGGGGAGCCUGCCGUCGGUCAAGUCGCAGCUGCGUGACUUUGAGGCCGCGUUCGCUUGGAAGGCAGCUGACAUUGUCGCUGCAGCCACUCACCUGACCACCGAGGCCGCCCAGAACCACAGCCAUCAGGAGCGCAUGCACAAGAAGCUGGGCAAGCGACUGGGCACGACGACGACGACGACGAUGGACGACGCUGCCGCCCUCCUCGAACUGCUGGACGACUUUCCCAUCGCGCCCCAGACGGGCCAGCGCCUCGUCUACGCCGCGAUGAGCACGGACGCCAAUAACUGUCGGUGGUUUAAUCUGCUGGCCGCGUUCAUGUUCCGGCACUUGCGCGAUGCGAAAAACCUCCGCCAGUACUUUCUCAGACAAAUGCGCAGGCAAAUGGCGGCAUUUCUGAGAUCCGACGCACGCAAGGUUGUCGAAGGGAUUCGACUCCGCGAUUACGCGUUUGGCUCGUCGCUGCCAUGCUUUAGCAACGCUCAAGUCACCACGCUCGUGACCGAUCCGGGCGCCGAGCGCUUGGAUUUGUGCUUUGACCUGGACUACGUCGGCGGGUUUCGCUUCACUGUGGACAUGGACUUGAAGCUGGGAUUUACGGCAGCCGUUUCGAUUGCAGUCCAGCGCCUGGCGGGCCCAAUCCGCGUCUCUGUCGGAGACGCACCACGCGCGCAUUGGAGUGUCGCCUUCGUCGAGGAUCCCGUCAUUGAGCUCGAUAUCGCGAGCACGGUGGAGGGUCGCGAAAUCCCGCAACUCGUCCGCGACCGCAUUGUCAACCAGUUUCGGCGCGUCAUUCGCCGCAAGCAUUUGCUGCCAAACUUUAAGAUGCGCAAGUUUCACGUUUACCGCAGCAAGCAGACCCGCGAAGAAGCGGAGAGCAGGCUCGACGCCCAGCAGCUGCGCGACCGCGAGCGCAUGCGGCGACGCAAGCGGCGUCGGCUCCAGCGCGACAAGGUGGUUGAUGUCACCCUCGAGGACAAUCGCACCGUGCGCGUCCGGCCCACCACGGGCCAGGUCAUCUCGCCCAGUGACGCCAGCAGCUCUGACAGCGACAAGGACCAGUACUCGACCGACAGCCAGCCUUCGGACGGCAUUGACAAUCUCUCGUCCGAUUCGUCCAGCUCGUCCAGUGAGGAGGAGGACGAUGGCGCCGUUGUGGUUCGCGGUGCUUCUCAGCUCGCCGACAAUCCGCUCGAUUCCAUCAUGCUGGAUGAGCCCGUCGCCGACUUGGGACUGCUUGUGUUGCGUUUUGACCAAAUCCUCUGGCUGCACGCCAAGCACGCUGCUUCUUCUUCCAUGUCUAGCGUCAGCCAACUGACGAGUCGCUUGUCUCAAUGGUUGCUGGACAACAUUCACCCUGCUGGCGCCGGCUUGUCGCGGGCUUCGGGAAUGCACGAUCUGGCCGGUGGUGGUGGGCAAGUCCCGUCCGUGUACGCCCUCGUGUACCUCGAUGAUGGAAUUGAAUGCCGCGAUAAUCACCACGUGAACUGCAUCCAGGCCACCCCGCCAGUCCCAUUGAUGGAUCACACCGAGUGGUCUUCGACUCCAUCCGGUUCACCGCAAGAGCGUGGCGUUGAUGCCAGUCUGUCUGACACGGCCCACAAUCGACUCAUUUUCCGCGUUUCCUCUCGACACCGCAACCUGCAUAUUGUUCUCUGCUGCUCAUCUCCCCUGCUGCGCGAUUCCUACCUUGAAGCAUUGGACGCGCCGCAAGUUCUCCCCCUGAUGGCAGGGCUUUCCGGCGUCAACCCGGGGGCUAUCAAUCUUCUCAACCGAUACCACAAUGUCUGUAUCGGAAUGGUGUCUAUUUCUGUUCAAGACUUGAUUCUGCAAAUGUCGACCGGGGAGUCGCCCUUCCGGUGCACCUACCGCUUGCCGCUCGCUGCCGGCAGUGAGACGCAGCAGCAGCAAGCCACAUUGCGGAACGAGCGGGAAAAACGCUUGGCCCGGUUGCGCACGGGCACCGAGCCUGAAAAGCCAGACGAUGCUGCCAGCAAGUCAGGCAGCUCCUCAGCUACGCCUAAAGGAGCUUCGACGCCGCAUGGUCCUCCGAGCGUCGGAGGCUCCAGCACCAACCUUAGUGGAAUGGGCGGUGGCACAAUCCCGCCAACCGGCGCAAAUUUGUCUGCAUCUCGAGUCAAGAAUGCCGGCAGUGCGUCGCUGUCCGGAUCCUUUGCCGCAUUACACCAGCCUGCUGCCCACCCUUCCAAUUUGCUUGCUGAGGCAUUCAGCUCGCGCCAGGCGUCUCACAGCUCUGCGUUGCGUCAAGUCUCCAAUGCGAGCAUAACGCAUCUGCUGCCCUGGUCGUUCCUGUCCACAAGAACCGCCGAUUCGUUCGACUUGAGCAUGGACUUGGUGAUUGCCUUUGAACGAGCCCUGCCGCUUCCGGGCGAUGCAAUUGCGCUGAGUGCCUUUUCAGAGUCACACGCGCCAUUCCUGGAAUCCGUCUUUGCAGCAGAACAGACCACCCGUGCACGCCACUUGGUGCGGCCCGCCUCGUUUGCACUCGACCGUCAACUACUGGCUGGAGGAGGAGGUGGAGGAGGUGGUGCAGGAGGCAUCGCCAGACCUGCUAGUCCCACUGGCUCGAUUGGAAGCACCAGCGUGAGCUCGCAUGGUGGCAGCAUUGGCGGUGGCUCUACCAGCAACCUGAAUCUUGUCGUGGGACCCAACACUGGUCCUUCGAAUGCAAGCAACGGGUCUGUCUUCAUCUCGGGCAUUGUCGUUGCGGACAAGGUGGCGACCGACAAGUGGCACCGCUUCGUGCUUCAGACCUUCCCUGUCGCGCCCUACUGUCGGUUUUGCUCGGGCAAAGUCUGGCGCAUGGAGGCCUUCCGGUGUGAGCUCUGCAAGUAUGUGUGUCACAAGAAAUGUUUGCACAACUGCCUUCGCCAAACUCUCUGUCUGGGCAUCGAUGCACUUGGUGCGCUGAGCGAUAACGUGUCUGUUCGAUCCGCAAGCGGUGCACUGUCGCCCAGUGGCCAGACGUCGCCGUACAGCUUGGAUGGAUUGAGCGGGCGGGGCAGCCCUGCGCCCAGCGAGUAUCGAGCCCACGACGACGAUGACCUGGCUUUGCCGGUCGCGGAUGUCGCCAGCCUUCUGGGUGAAGCAGCCGUCCCGCGGUUGGUGGUCUUGACCGAGGGGCAGGAGAUUGAAGCCAAGCGAGUCGCCAUGGCCGAAGGGAAGCUGCUCUUCAAUGAGCUCCCAGUGCGAGAGCGAGCCGCGCGUCUGCACGAACUCAUGUCUGUCAUCCAGCUGGAGAUUGACCUCGAAAACGAGAGUCGCGAUGAAGUGACGCGUCUGCUGAACGAGAUUGAUAACUUUGAUACGUUCAGCGAGCCUUCCAUGACCGAGUCUGCCUCCGAGUCGCUUGAUGUGGCGGAUGCCAAUGACGAUGAUGUUGAUCGAGCCAGCGUGUCCAGCAGCGGCAGCACAACCGAGACUACGAAGACUCCGCAGCAGCUUGCAGCGCAGUACCGUCGAUCCCUCUCCCGGUCGGAUGAGCACUUACACUUGCUCACUCUCAAGAUGAUUCGCUGUUGCUCGGCUCUGAACGAGUGUGGCGAGGAAGUUGAUCUCGCUCCACGCAAAUAAUUCCCAAUGUACAGUACAGCAUCUUUUAAUGUCAAAACUUUCUUCCA